AUGGCUCGCCUUUUGGCUUGUGUUCUGGCUUUCCUGUGUGCUGGUUUUAUACAGGUUGAUGCAAGAGCAUGUGUAUUCAAAGAUGCGUCAACGGGGAAAACAUACGACUUCACGCAGCUAAUUAAUCCGGCUGGUUACUACAUGUUCAAGCAACAGAUCUGGGAGAUUGGUGGUUUCAGCCUUGACUCUCUGGUCGCGGACACACAGGUGAACGCCACCUUCUACGUACAGGUGUGCCAAAACAUUCUUACACCUCCGCCAACAUGCAAGGACGUAGGCGCCAUAUACUCGAUAACAGCCGAUGGAACGUGUACGUCCUGGGGAGACGCUAACGUAUCCGUGUUUGUUCCAAAUCCAUACAAAGACGGUGUUCACCUGAAGAUGUACCAUGGUUCAACAAUUGAUCAUCUUUCAAACAACGCUGCAAGUAUCUACUUCGUCUGUAACCAAGGAAACCGCGCAGGCGCAGAAGCUCCAACUUUUGAGCAUGUCAAGGCCGCGAUCAACCAAGCCCAUUUCAAAUUCUUCACCCAUCUAGCUUGUUAA